AGAAGGUCAUUCGUCUCGUUUCAAACUCUGAAUUUUUCGAACCUGAAGGUCGUUUGUGUGAUUUGGAAAUGGCCAGCUUCGAUCAGGCACCACCAGGCGAUCCCAAAGCCGGAGAGAAGAUCUUCAAGACCAAGUGCGCUCAGUGCCACACCGGCGAGAAAGGCGCUGGCCACAAACAAGGACCCAAUUUGAAUGGUCUGUUUGGAAGGCAGUCUGGCACUGCCCCUGGAUAUUCUUACUCUGCGGCUAACAAGAAUAUGGCUGUGAUAUGGGGAGAGAAUACUCUGUAUGAUUACUUGCUUAACCCUAAGAAGUACAUUCCUGGAACCAAGAUGGUUUUCCCUGGUUUGAAGAAGCCACAGGACCGGGCUGAUCUCAUAGCUUAUCUGAAGCAAGCAACAUCAUCUUGAAAAUUCUUGCCUUACACGGCCAUCAUCAUAUUAUAUCUUGCAACGGUUGGAACUUGGAAGAGUUUAGGUCACUGUUGGCAUUUUGGAAUUCUUUUUUCUGAAAAAAGUAGACUAUAAUUUCAAUAAAUAAGACCGUUGAGGUCUUCAAUAUGCUAUUUCUCUGGGAAAGCCAGACCCGUAGUGGGGAAUUUUUGUUGGACUAGAUUGCACUAUGAUGAUUUUUCUCAACUCUAAUAUAGAUCUCGUGAUAGACUAAUAUAAUUUUCCAAUUACAGUGCUUUCCUGGGUGAAAAAUAUAUGCACAGGAACCUUCCUUUCUUGGAGGUGUUUAUUGCAUAUAUGAAUUGGAAUAAGGUUUUUAGGACUUUCAGUGGGUGGUCUCAA